UAAAUCGCUCCUAACCUAAUUCCUUCUCGUAGCCGACCUCCUCGCUCGAGCAAGUUGUGCACCUCGCAUGGCGGUGAGGACACCUGGGCCACGGCAGCAAGGACGCGCACGGUGGCAAGGACGCCUGCGGCCGCUUCAAAGCGGCCAUUGAAUCCAUGUUUUUAAAUCCACCUGUGCUCCACCACCAUCGACGACCUCCUCUGGAACCACAGCCACAGCCUCCCUAAUGCGCUAAUCCCCAAGUCUGUCAACUGCUUCUCCUACGACGACGCCUCCUGUCUCCUCGAGGUCCGACUCUAUGGUCCCUACUAUGCGCACUAUGAAGACGAGCUCAUCUACUUUGACAGCAAGGAACGGGAGAACCUUAGCUACGACACACUCCGCAAGGUGAUCGAGUGAGCGCAGGAGGAGUUGUUCCUUUAAUUCCCGGUCAAGGGGAUCAUGGUCAUCGAUCCCGGCUCUGGCGUGAUCCUCCUUCGCCUUCGACAUGCCGCCAGAAUUCCGCCCGGAAGUGGAAGAAGUGACCGUAGGAAUAGGUGUGUGGCUUUGUUCUCUGCUACUUCAAGUACGAGUAAUUUUUCAUCACUAUUCGAGUUGAACUCAUUGAAUGUAUCAGCAGCGGUAUCAGAGAGUUCAUGGACAAUAAAUCAGUUUGAGUUAGUGAACAAGAAAGAGAAAAAUAAAAUGUUGAUGACUACUCUACUAAUUCUUCAUUCAAUCUUCAAUCAUGAUGUAAUGUGGCGGGCGGCAAAUUUUCUACAGUGUUGCGAUGUGAUGGGUGACUCAUGUAAGGGGAGGGUGUAUGAAUUUGAAUGCGAUCGACAGUUUGGAAGAUCAAACAAUUAAAGUUUCAACAUAUUUGCUCUAAUAGGAAGAAUAAAGAAUUAUCACAAGAAAUUGAAGACAUGCAUGCUACUGGCAAGAGGGCGGAGGGAGAAAUUAUUAAAAGGAAAAGAAAAGUGGAAUCUUAAUGUGUGAUUGCUUUUAUCUCGAGACGAUGUGAAUAUUUAUUUAUCUUAAUGGUAAUCAUAUUGUACUUUUAGAUUUAGA